AGCCGGGGCGGGCCCGCGGCCGACCCGCCUCUCCCGCGCCGACCCGGUCACUACCCCGCCGGGUAGCCAUGCCGCGCCGCCUGCUGCGGGGUCUGUGGCAGCGAUGGCACCGUUACAAGUACCGCUUCGUCCCCUGGAUCGCGCUGAACCUAAACCACAACCCGAGGACCCUCCGAUAUGUUCCAGAGGAUUCUAAAGACAAAGUUAUCUCAGAUGAAGAUGUCCUAGGAACAUUACUGAAAGUUUUCCAGGCUCUAUUCUUAAAUGAUUUUGAUAAGCAAUCAGAAAUCUUGACUUUGCUUCCAGAACCUGUUAAAUCAAAAUAUCAAGACCUACUGGCACUCGAACAUCAAAGGGUGAAACAGCUUGAAAACAGACAUCAACUGCAAAAUAUCUUUAAACCAGAAGAAAUUCUUUAUAAGACAUUGGGUUUCAGUGUUGCUCGAGCAACUAGCUCUUUGGUUUCCGCUGGAAAAGGUGUCUUCGUUACUAAAGGAUUGGUACCAAAAGGCGCGGUUGUAUCUAUGUAUCCUGGUACAGUAUAUCAAAAGUAUGAGCCAGUCUUUUUCCAGUCCAUUGGAAAUCCGUUUAUUUUUAGAUGCCUGGAUGGGGUACUCAUUGAUGGGAAUGACAAAGGAAUAUCAAAAGUUGUGUACAGAUCUUGCAAUGGGAGGGAUCGACUUGGCCCUUUAAAAAUGUGUGAUAGUACAUGGCUAACAUCAGAAAUUCAUAAUCCCCUGGCUUUAGGACAGUAUGUCAACAAUUGUUCAAAUGACAGAGCAGCUAAUGUCUGUUACCAGGAAUUUGAUGUGCCUGCCGUUUUCCCUAUCGAACUGAAGCAGUAUCUUCCAAACAUUGCCUAUAGCUACGACAAAUUGAGCCCACUUCGAUGUGUCGUCCUUGUCGCACUUAGGGACAUCAAACAAGGAGAAGAGCUUUUUUCAAAUUACUACACGAUUGUCAGCUAACUCUGAAUGUGAAAGUAGGUUUUCUACUCAGCUGCUGAGUUAAUCUUAAGUUUUUGCUACUCACUUCUCUGAGUUCCACCUGUAGAGCAAAUAUUUUGAGACCUAAUUGGAGUAGGAAUUUUUUUAUGUUUUUGUUGAUAUUAUGUUUAUGUUCCAGUUUCAUGAUAAAAGCUAUUUGCUUCAUUACAAUUUCAAAUUUGUAAUGCAAUUAGAAUUUUAAUUGAGCUUCACCUAAAUACACAAUAGCUUAUUAAAUUAAAACUCACUACUUGAACU